AGGGGGCCGAAGCGAGGGCCGAGCGAUUGCCAGUUCCAGCCAUCGUCGCUGAGAGAAUGAGUUCCGAGUCAGACAGGAAUUGUGAGACGUUCUCGUUUAAAAGAGGGGAUCUAUUGGAAGUUCCCAGGACUCUGUUUACGCACUAUGGUAUCUACCUGGGAGAUGGACAAGUUGCUCAUCUGAUGCCCGACAUCCUGCCAGUGUUCACUGAAGAUGAAAAAAUGAUCCGCAACGUGGUGACAAACCAACGGCUCAUCCUGGGCGUCAUCUCCAGGAACGCGAGCAUUAGAGUGGACACAGUGGAAGAUUUUGCGUAUGGAGCCUGCAUUCUUGUCAACCAGAUGGACAGACUAAUGUACAAGAAACCGGCACUUCCCAAUGAAGAGGUUGCAAGAAGAGCAGAGAAGCUGGUUGGAAGCACAGACUACAGCCUGUUGUGGAAUAACUGUGAACAUUUUGUUACCCACUGUAGAUAUGGUACUGCAGUGAGUAUCCAGACGGACAAGUUUUGUGAAACAGUGAAGACUAUAAUAAGAGACCAGAGGAGUAUUUUUGUCACAGCUGCAUUGGGACUGGCUGGAAUUUUUUGUUUGGGCUUUGGACCCUCCACUACUCUCCCGACUAUCCUUAUACCCUUCUUCCUGUGGAUGGCUGGCUAACAUGCAGGAUCUCAGAUGGAGUGUAAAUAUGUGAUAUAGCACAGUGAUUAUAUACAGAAUGGAUGGAUAUGAUGUAUAAAUUUGUGGGCCUUUUUCAGUGAUGUAGCUCCAUCAAUACGUGUGUUUAUUUAUCUUGCCAUGUAAGCUCAUAUGACCUUUCAAUGGAAAGCUUUGUACUUUAAUCACUUUUUUAAUGUAACUAACUAUUUCAUAACAAUUACUGUGUAAAUGUGAUAUUCUGAAAUGUUUAAAAAUGCUUUUGUGCUUUGCUGCAUUCUUCUCAGUUCUUUAUGUUAACCACUCAUGAUUUUGGCCAACACAGGUUGUACAAAUGGGUAUUUGCACACAGAAUAUUAAUAUCUAGGAUUUAAAAAAAUGUUAACACUAAAUACUUUGU